ACAGGAUUUGCACCUUUGAUCAUUUUUUAUCUAAUCACAAAAUUUAAAAAUUAUUAUAUUAUUCUCCAAUUAAUAUGUUAUAAAACACGUACAAUUUGUUUGUUUAGAAGUGCCUAUCAUUAAUAUACAUUUGACUACGUCGCAUCCAUUAACCUGCGGGUUCAAGAACAACAGGAUUUAUGCAUAGUCUCACAGUCGUGGCAAACCUAGUGGAAAAGAGCGUAAGUUUUGCCGAAUAAUGAUGGCGUUUUUCUGGGGAAUGUUCACAUUCAUCAGGUUUUAUAUUGACAUACUAAUAGAUAAACUGUUUGGAUACUAUUAUGAUCCAUCAAGACUGUUCAUACCCAAACCCAAAAAUAAAAUAGUGUUGGAAAGUGCUAUUUCACUAGCGAAAAAAAUCCGGGAACGAAAAUUAAAAUCCGAAGAAGUGGUUGAAGCUUUCAUUGACAGGAUUAGAGAAAUAAAUGGCAUUUUAAAUGCAGUAGUGGAUGAUAGAUUUGAGGAAGCAUUGAAAGAAGCCAGGGAAAUUGAUAAGCAAAUUGACAAUGGAACAAUCCAAGAUCUGGAUUUCCAAGAGAAACCUUUUCUGGGCGUUCCAUUUACAGCUAAAGAAACCACAUCAGUUAAAGGUUUGGCAUUCACCAUGGGAAUCAAACAGAGAAUUGGCAGAAAAGCUACUUUUGAUGCAGAGAUUGUCACAUCUAUGAAAAAUGCAGGAGCAAUUUGCAUUGGUGUUACAAACAUCCCACAGUUGAAUUAUUGGCAAGAAACAAGUAAUCCAGUUUAUGGGAUAACAACUAAUCCUUACAAUACUACAAGGAACGUUGGGGGAAGUUCUGGUGGUGAGGCUAGCAAUUUGGCAGCAUGUGGAACUGCUAUAAGCCUUGGCACUGAUAUAGGCGGAUCAAUACGAAUUCCUGCGUUUAUGUGCGGGGUUUUUGGUCACAAACCAACUGGUUCUUUAACAUCUACAAAAGGGUUAACGUUUAGAACAGGCAAAGAGGGUGAUACGAUGGUGACUGCGGGAGUCCUGGCUCGCCACGCCGAAGAUCUCAUUCCAGUAUUAAAAGUAUUAAUUGGCAUUAACAGAGAUAAACUCAAAUUAAGCCAACCUGUUGUGUUGUCUGAUGUUAGAGUGUUUUAUGUUACUGAUCCCAGAGAUCCUUUAGUGAGUCCUUUCAGAAAAGAAAUGAAUGAUUGUCUUUGGAAGACUGUCAGUUACUUCAGAGAUAUUUGCAAGGAUGUACCCCAAGCUAUUGAGCUGAAACAGUUCAGAUAUACUGCUAAAUUGUGGAGGUAUUGGAUGACUCAAGAACAAAUGAUUUUUAAAAACGAUUUGAAUGACCAAAAAGGUGAACUCAAUGCAAUUCCUGAGAUCAUCAAGCACUUUUUGUUUUUAAGCAACGAUUUCACGACUGGUAGCAUCUAUAAUUUGAUCCAGAAUUAUUUACCAAAGGUCGACGAUAAAUGGGCUAAACAGGAGACUGAAAAUUUGAAAAAAGCCCUCAUCGAAAAACUCGGCGACAACGGAAUACUAUUAUAUCCAUCAGCACCAUUCACAGCUAGUUACCACCACACGUCUCUUCUCCGUCCAUUUAACUUCAAUCUGUUUUCGAUUUUCAACGUGCUGAAGUUCCCAGUGACGCAAGUACCUUUGGGGUUGGACGUUCAGGGAUUACCAUUGGGGAUUCAAGUAGUUGCCGCCCCCUACAACGAUCACCUAACGAUUGCCGUCGCUAAAGCGCUCGAAUCUCAAUUCGGUGGUUACGUGCCACCGUUUAAAGCCACCUAGUUGUUGUCUUUAUCGUAUUAAUAUGGUUAAGGGACUCAAUAUUUUAUUAUAUAAUGAUAUUGGGAUGACUGAAUUAUUAAGAUGGACUACAUUCAUUCUCACUGGCUGUUUUUUAAGACGGACUAUAUAUUUUCUUGUAUUAAUUAGGAACGCAUUUGUUUGUUAUUGUUUUAUUGUACGAAAAUGUAUCUUAUUGUUAUAAUAAACAAUUAUAUGAA